GCAAAACUAUGUCGACAAGUUUCCGACUUGCAACUCCACGGUAUGGCGCCUUCCAGGAUACAUGGUACCGAGAACGAAUAUCUUAGGUCGUCCUCUGGAGAUGAGUCUUCUAUCGGCGAUCAGGAAUUCACAAAUCCCGCACCGAAGCGCAGGCGCAUUUCACGCGACAGCGACAGCGAUGACGACGUCCUACAGACUGCCGUUCAGCCAACACGAAUAUCUCGAGUCAAUAAUCCAACAUCUAGAAUCGACCAACCCUCGUUACCGCCGAGUCGUUCGAUCCCUACUACUUCCUCUACCUUUCAAGGCUUAAAUGUGGCACCAUGGCUUGUUCAUUCUCUGGCUGCGAUGGCUAUCCAGCAUCCUACCGACAUUCAAAGAGCAUGCAUACCGGAAAUACUGAAAGGAAGAGACUGUAUAGGAGGAUCAAGGACCGGUACCGGAAAGACGAUCGCAUUCGCAGUUCCGAUAUUGCAAAAGUGGGCUGAAGAUCCGUUCGGCAUAUACGCUGUGGUCCUCACCCCGACUCGAGAACUCGCGCUACAAAUCUACGAACAACUCCAGGCCCUAGGAGCACCGCAGGGCCUCAAGACCGUGCUAGUCACCGGCGGCAGUGACAUGAGGCCUCAGGCGGUGGCUCUUGCCAAACGUCCUCACGUCGUUGUUGCGACACCUGGUCGAUUGGCCCAUCACAUCCUGACUUCCGGCAAAGAAACUGUCAUCGGACUCAAGCGCGCCAAAGCUGUUGUGCUUGAUGAAGCCGACAGACUCCUUGCUCCUGGAUCUGGGUCGAUGUUGCCGGAUCUCAACACCUGCCUGUCCGCCCUGCCACCAUCGACAUCUCGACUUACCCUCCUCUUCACGGCCACAGUUACCCCAGAAGUCCGUGCCUUGAAAGAAUUGCCGCGACCGAACGAUCGCCCUCCUGUCUUUGUCUCGGAAAUCACAGACCUCUCCGACUUCUCGGUGGCGUCAAGCCUGCUACCGUCCAGCCUCCAGCAGACUUACCUACAAAUCCCCAUGGCUCAGAAGGACGCGUUUCUACACGUUCUGCUCUCAGUACCUUCUUUCACAAGAGCACCAGAACCCAGUAUCAUCGUCUUCGUCAAUCGCACAACCAUCGCUGACGUCUUGCACCGCACAUUGCUACAACUCGACCACCCUGUUACCGCAUUGCACUCGGAGCUGCCGCAAAGUCAACGAAAUCGCAAUCUUUCGGAUUUUCGUGCCCAGAAAGCUCGCAUCCUCAUUGCGACGGACGUUGCAUCACGAGGUCUCGACAUCCCAGACGUCAAUUUUGUCAUCAAUUACGAUGUCCCUCGAAAUCCGACAGAUUACGUGCAUCGGGUCGGACGUACCGCGAGAGCGGGCAGAAAAGGCACUAGCAUUACCUUUGUCGGCCAGCGGGAUGUGGCUGUUGUCCUGGCGAUCGAAGAGUAUGUGGGAGGCAAAAUGAUCGAGUGGACAGAGGAAGAUGUCAACAUUGAGUCGAGAGUGAUCCGAGGCAGGACAUUGAAGGACGUCGCCGAGGCGAAAAUGGAGGCAUUGCGAGGCUUGGAGGCUGGCAAAGAUGUCAAUGGCUGGAGAAGGAAGAUCAAGAAGGACAGGAAACGUGUGUUGCAGGUCUGAUUUGUUUCUGCAGCUACAGGAUGUGAGCGAGAUGACUUGUCGAUUGCGGGAAUUCCCAUAUGGCUUGACUUCGUGAAUUGGAAUACCAUAAACUGGCAGAGACCGACUACGUACCAUGUUCCCGCCCUCGGAGAUAUGCA